AUGAGGACGGAGACCCGGGGCUGGGGAUGGGGACGCCAGGAGAGCCCGGCAUCUGAAAGCGGAGGGCACCGGCCGGGCGAGGCGAGGCGAGGCAAGGCGAGGGUGUGGGGCCGAGCGGCGGGAAGAAGGGGUAGAGGCGCGGGGGGCUCGGGGAGGGAGCGGAGGCGGGGACGCCGGGGUCGGGGGGCGGCGCGGGGUUGA